AUGGCGGAUACUUCUCUUCGCGAUGAGGCUUCGGCAAGGUUAGAGAACUCUACUGCGGGCAGAGAAGACUCCGAUACGAAGCCGGCAUGGAAGUCCAUGUUUGCGUUUGCGGUGCGGGGCCACCUCGCCGUCAUGAUCCCUGCGUGGAUCUCCUCCAUGACCGCGGGAGUAAUCAAGCCAUCUAUGGCGAUUUUUAUGGGAUUUAUUUUCGACGAUAUAGCAGAGUAUGUGGCUGGAUCAACGAACUAUUCAUCAAUGAUAAGACGUAUCUCAAAAUGGUGUAUUGUCCUCACAGGUCUGGGGGUGGGCUCUUGCCUUGCCAACGCCGGGUUCUUUGGAUUGUGGUUGAUAUUUGGAGAGUCACAAGCAAAUCAGGCGAGACAGAAACUGUUCACAGGAUUGCUGAAGAGAGAAAUGGAGUGGUACGACCUUCGUAAAGACGGAAUAUCACCCGUUCUUAUUAGAAUACAAACACAAGUUAGAGAGCUACAAAUGGCGACAUCCCAACCGAUGGGGUUCUUCGUAAAGGAUGUUGCAGCGGCUGUCAUGGCCAUUGGCAUAGCAUUUUAUUACUCGUGGAAGUUAACUCUUGUCCUUUCACUGAGCGUCCCGACAGCGUCACUUGUUCUGUGGCUCAUAUCACGUCGACUCCAACCAGCGAUCGAGGCCCAAAGGCGAGAACUAAACAUAGCCUCAAAAUAUACCAACACAGCCUUCCAUGCAAUCGACACUGUGAAAGUGUUCAACGGACAGAACCACGAGAUACGGCAAUACGCUUCUGCAAUCAACGCCGCCGGCUUGUCAUAUAUGAUCCAAGGGCAGGUCAGAGCUUCACAGAUGGGCACUGCCCGCUUUCUUGUGGUGGUCAUGUUUAUGGCUGGAUUCUGGUAUGGUCUCAAGUUGCACAAGGACGGUGAACUCACACCGGGCGACGUGAUCACGACGUUUUACUCGUUCUUGAUGGCGAACCAGGCUGUGACGUCGCUCUUGGCGCAAUAUGUGAUAUUAUGCAAGGGCAAAUAUGCGGGGGCGACACUGGGGAGGAUUAUUGGAGAAUUGAACAAUACGUUGCCGCUCUCGAAAGUUGCUGGAUCUCGGACAUUGGAGGUCUGUGAUGGGGAUAUCGAGGUCACGAAUCUCACAUUCUCAUAUCCAUCGAAUCCAACGCAGUCUUCGCUUAUCGGCGUCGACUUAUUCUUCCCUGCUGGAGAAACAACAUUUUUGUUUGGUCGAAGUGGAUCUGGCAAGAGCACAUUAACGAACUUAUUACUUCGGUUGUAUGAUACCACAUCAGGCACGAUCUCAAUCGAUGGCUGUCCAAUCGAAACCCUGGAUGUUAACUGGCUUCGAAAUAAUGUAACUCUAGUGCAGCAGCAGAGUGUCUUGUUCGACGAUACUCUGUGGAACAAUGUUGCCUUUGGUUGCAGCGACGGGAAGCAACCAACAGAGGAAGAUAUCCACGUGGCAUGCGAGAUGGCUAUGCUCACCGAGGUUAUUCACGACUUACCCCAUGGACUUAACACUGUAAUUGGAACAGGGGGCGCUGCCAUGAGUGGGGGACAGAAGCAAAGAGUUGCAAUCGCUCGCGCACGACUACGAGACACUCCGAUUCUGAUUUUGGACGAAGCAACAAAUGCGCUAGACCACGUGAAUAAAACCCUCGUUAUGGACGCAAUUCGAGAGUGGAGAAAGGAUAAGACUACUAUAAUAAUCACCCACGAUUCAUCACAGAUCCAAGACAUGGACUUUGUUUACGUUAUCGACCACGGGAAAGUUGUCGAAGAAGGCUACCGGCAAUUGCUCGCUCAGAAUCCUUUUGGCAAUUUCGCAUCUCUGGCAGAUAUCAAGAGCGACAAGGAAUAUAUGGAGGAGAAACGUGGUCAAGUGUCAUCCAUUCAUCAAAACAGGAGCUCAACACAACCGCAUACUAGUACGGAGAUGAUCAAUAAUAUGCGUGUAGCCUCUGCCAACCCUUACGCAAACGGCCCCUUUGGGGAAGGCAGCUCAGAAACCUCGGAACCCUUGACAAAGUUGCAACGCCUGUCUACUUUUCUGGCCUAUAAUCCGGGUUCAAGCCAGCAAGCUCAUCACUACAAUAAUAGAACAUCUCUCAGUAUGGCGACGGUGUAUGCAAAUACUAUCCAUACUAAUGACACUUCAGAUAACCGGAUCUCCUGGCCACUCCGCUCCCAAGAACCUUUGCCCAACCCGCCUGAGCCGAGUUACAGGAGAUCCCAUAAUCGGUUAAGCCAAUAUCCGCCGAAGAACUUCAGCUAUAAUGGGUUGGCGGCUCACAGCCAUAAAGAAAUGAUGUAUCGGGUUGACACAAGAGAAACAGAUGACUUGGAUGCGAGGAUUGCGGAAUCAGAGUUGAAUCUCGAGUAUAUUAACUUGGUGAGGGGUAGUACCAUACAAGUCUCGGCAGAAAAGACCAAAAUGGUCUCCAGGCGUCCUGGACCAGCUACCCUGAAAACGAUUCUGGGUACUAUUUGGCCAAGUCUUACCCGGAGAGAACGGCUGGUAUUGAUACUUGGGUUUGUCAGUGCCUUCGUCUAUGCCGCGUGCACGCCUGUAUUUUCUUAUGUACUUGCAAAGCUCUUCAAUACCUUCUAUGAGACUAAGAACCAAGGGCUAGAAGCGCGUAAAUGGGCACUGUCGCUCCUCUUCAUCGCAGUAGCAGACGGCGCAUCCAGCUAUACCUUCUACUACUCUCUUGAUUGCUGUGCCAGAGCCUGGGUUGACUCCCUUCGAAAGGAAGCGCUCACACGGAUCCUGGACCAACCUCGCGCAUGGUUUGAUGAGGCCGAGAACUCGCUGUCCAUCCUCAACGAGAGCCUUGAUCGCAGUGGAGAAGAAAUGCGCAACCUCCUCGGUCGCUUUGCUGGAUACACAUUCGCUGCAGCCUGCAUGAUUAGCAUCGGCGUCGUCUGGGCAUUCAUUAUGUGCUGGAAGCUCACAGCUGUCAGUCUAGCUAGUGUCCCGAUUAUCUACGCCAUAACCCGCGGAUUUGAGGUUGUAUCUGGAAACCUUGAACGCAAGAGUGACGCAAAGUCCAAUGCUAUUGGCGAAGUCUUUUCCGAGACUUUCAUCAACAUCCGCAUCGUCAGGGCGCUCACACUAGAAUCCCACUUCCAGCGCAAGAACUCCAUUGCUGUUCAAGAAGCAUUCCGCAUCGGCCUCCGCCGCGGCACCUUCUGCGGUCUAUUCUUCGGAAUGUCCCAAUCAACAACCUUCUUCCUCACAGCCCUCAUCCUCUUCUACGGCGCCGUCCUCGUCGGCACCCGCGCCGCCAGUUUCUACGACGUCGUAGCCUGCAUAACCCUCCUCCUCUUCAGCAUCGGCAACGCAAACGACACCCUCGCCGUCAUCCCCCAAAUCGCCAGCGCCCGCGCCGGCGCAACCCGUAUGCUUCGCCUCUCCUCUCUCCCGCCCGGUGAAUCCUCACGGCUUCUCCACCAACGCACUCUUCUCACCCCUCUCCCCAUCCGCAUGACCAACCUCUCCUUUGCCUACCCCUCACAACCACAAACCCCAAUCCUACAAAACCUCUCACUUACCCUAAAGGCCGGAACCAGCACUGCCCUAGUCGGAUCCUCCGGGUCAGGCAAAACAACACUCACCUCUCUCCUCCUGGGCCUAUACACCCCAACCUCCAAUCUCUCAUCCCUAACAUUCGCGCACCACCCCCUCUCCAACCUCGCCCUCCCCGACCUCCGCGCCCACAUGGCACUCGUCCCCCAAUUCCCCACUCUCUUCCCCGCCUCCCUCGCGCAAAACAUCCUCUACGGCCUCUCACCGAGCAGUCCUCUCACAAGCCUCGCGAACAUUGAACGCGCAGUCUCUGCAGCGGGGCUAAAUGAUUUCGUGGCGCGGUUACCAGAUGGGCUAGAGACGCAAAUUGGGGAGGGGGGAAGGGCGUUGUCAGGGGGUGAAACGGUGAGGGUCGCGAUUGCGAGGGCGUUGGUUAGGAGGCCGAAGGUGUUGGUUAUGGAUGAGCCGACGGCGGGGUUGGAUGGGGAGGGAGUGGAGAAGGUAGGGGAGGUGUUAGAGAGGUUGGGGGAUGGGGUGGCGGUGGUGCUUGUUACGCAUGAUGUGAGGAUGAUGAGGAGGGCGGGGUGGGUGGUUGUUGUUGAGGGGGGGAGGGCGGUGGAGCAGGGACGGUGGGAGGAUUUGAGGUGGGCGGGAGGGGCGAUGGAGAGGCUUGUUGGAGGAGGGGAGUUGGGGGGAGUGAAGGAGUAG